UCUCAGCAACUUUUAAUAUGGCGGCGUUGGUGUAACCUGUGCUGAAAAGCGUGGAAAUUGAUUUUGGGGGUUCGGGCUACUUCUGAGAGGGAAGUCUUCGGGGUCGAAAGAUUAGUUACGGAGGCUGCAGACAGACUAUACGGAAAGUUCAUUUGUUAUAUUAUGGGGCUUCUUCCACGCGUCCUGAUUUAUGGCAUGUGACUUCAUAAUUCAGUUCCUGAAUCAUUUGCCGGAGAUGUUCGAACUAAGUAUAAACGAGUUGUAGAGAAACCUGUCUCUAAUGACAAGAAAGGCUUUCCUUUGGUUUUUGUACCUGGGACGCACCUUGGCUUCACACAGAAGUGCAGUAAUUCUCCAGCUUUGGAAGAACUGGAACUUUGUGCCUUUAAUUGCUCCUCGUGUCAGAAAUAGUUCUUUUGUCAAAGGCAUGGAGGGCAGUGCAGCUCAAGCUAUGGAAAUACAUGGCUCUAACCUGAAGCAAAGUGUGGCUGAGUCAUCUCCAGUGGCAACCAGUGGUAGCUCUGAGUCAGCCAAGAAUGGUGAGAGUCUGAUCACAGAAGGAAAAGCAAAAAUAAUUUUCCCAAGUGCCAAUGAAGUGUUCUACAACCCUGUCCAGGAGUUCAACAGAGACCUUACGUGUGCAGUCCUUACAGAAUUUGCUCGUCUUCAGCUUUUAGAAAAAGGAAUUCAGAUUGCAGUUCCGGGGGAGGAAAAUGCCUCAAAAAUGAUUGUGGAUAUCUCGAAAGAAGAAAAAGAUGAUGACUUGGAACAACCAUGUGUCCCAGAUAAGGAGGAUCAGAAAGUUGUAAGAGUGGGAGAGGUUUGCCAGGAUGGACUCCGAGUGCUGGAAGCCUUGGCUGCUUCUGGGCUACGCUCCAUCCGGUUUGCCAGAGAGGUGCCUGGUCUUCACAAGGUGGUGGCGAAUGACGUCUCUUCCAAGGCAGUUGAUCUCAUAGCCCAAAACAUUCAGCUCAACGAUGCAGGACACCUGGUGGCACCAAGCUUGUCAGAUGCCCGGAUGCUGAUGUACAAGAGCAAGGCAGCCAAGGAGCUCUUUGACGUCAUCGACCUGGACCCGUACGGCAGCCCUUCUAUGUUUCUCGAUGCUGCCUUGCAGGCCGUGAGUGAAGGAGGUCUGCUGUGUGUCACCUGCACCGAUAUGGCUGUGAUGGCUGGGAACUCGGGGGAGACCUGCUACAGCAAAUACGGAGCCAUGUCGAUCAAGGCCAAGUUCUGCCAUGAGAUGGCACUGCGGAUCAUCCUGCACAGCCUUGAUCUGCGUGCCAACUGCUACCAGCGCUACAUUGUCCCCCUCCUGUCCAUCAGUGCGGACUUCUAUAUCCGUGUGUUCGUCCGGGUCUUCACCGGACAGGCUAAAGUCAAAGCUUCCGCCAGCAAGCAGGCCUUGGUGUAUAACUGUGUGGGCUGCGGCUCCUUUCACAUCCAAAGACUCGGCAAAGUGGUCAGCAACGGAAACAACGUCAACUACAAGGCGGCCUGUGGGCCCCCCGUGGGACCUUCCUGUGAGCAUUGCCACCAGCGCCACCAGUUGGCGGGCCCUCUGUGGGCGGAGGCUCUCCACGAUGUCGCUUUUGUCCAGCGAGUCCUGUCAGCCGUCGGGGGCAACCCGGGACGCUUCCAGACUGGUCCAAGGAUCCAGGGCAUCCUGAGCAUGGUGAUGGAGGAACUCAGUGACGUCCCUCUCUAUUACACCCUUGAUCAGCUCAGCAAAACCAUCCGUUGCAACAGCCCUUCCCUGCUCCAGUUCAGAUCAGCUCUCCUCCACGCUGGUUACCGAGUGUCACUGUCCCAUGCCUGCAAGAAUGCCAUCAAGACGGAUGCACCACCCUCUGUGCUUUGGGACGUCAUGCGCUGCUGGGAGAAGCUGAACCCUGUGAAAAGAGAGCGCCUUUCAGAGAGCAGCCCAGCUGCCUACAUCCUCUCUGUGGAACCCAAACAACAGAUAUCCUUCACUGUGAGGGCAGAUGCAAAUCCUAGUUCACGAAAGCUGGGCCUGAAACGGUUUCAGCUGAAUCCUGAGCCCUUUUGGGGGCCAAAAGCAAGAGCCAAAGCUGGGGGUGGGAUCUCUUCCUCUCUGCAGGACAAGCGAAAGCUACACCAGAACAAGAGGAAGGCAUGUGCAGACGAACACGAUGCAGCCCACCUGAAGAACUUCCCCUGCAAAAGGUUCCGGGAGGGCAACUGUUCACUGGGGGACAAAUGCUGCUACUCUCACGAGGUGGAAAAAGAGAUGGAGCAAAACAACACAACAGCAUCAUGAUGAAACAGUGAAUGUCUGCUUUUUUUUUUUUUUUAAAGAGGAGAAUCUUUUAUUUUAAAUUAUCCAUUUAUGAUAUGCUCACCAUUAUAUAAUGAUCUUUUAA